UUCAAAUCACCUGAUUUUCCUCGGAGGAAAGUCAGAAAAUGUUUAUUUUUCUGGAUAUUGCACCAAUUUAGAGUAAAAUGAGCACUUCAGAGUCUCCCAACUCAUCAGUAACGAGUGAGACAUCACCAUUAGUGAGAAAUCCAAGUGCCAGUGUCUCAUCAUUGGGUAGCAGUAUUGGUGGAAGAGGACCAGAUGGCAAAAUCAGGCGUCCUCUGCAGUAUCAUAGCAUCAACCCAACCACUGAACACAGAGUAAUCCAACAAAACCAUGGCGACCAAGAACAGGCCAGCAUCCACAGAUAUAAAUACUACAGCAAGCUAGCGCCUCACCAAGAGAGCAGGCUGUUGAUGCCGGAUCAUAUUGUUCCAUCAGCAUAUUUUCUCAUUUUGCCCGUUAAACCAGCAAAAGGUCAACAAAGCAGCAUAAUAACCAUUUUCUCGAUAUGGAAUACCUUGAUGGGUACAUCUAUACUGAGUAUGCCAUGGGCCAUAGCAGAGGCAGGCUUUGGACUUGGUAUUUGUCUCCUACUGUUCAUGUGCGGCCUAUCAUUGUACACUGCCUACAGGGUUAUGAAGUCUCCAGAGGGUCUUGAUAUUGAAGUCGUUGAGUUCUCAGAUGUUUGCCGCUACUACCUUGGGAAAUGGGGUGAAGUUGCCAGUGUAUUUUUCUCUCUUUUUGCACUCCUCGGGGCCAUGAUUGUUUACUGGGUGUUGAUGUCGAACUUCCUCUACAACAGUGUGGUCUUUAUUUAUCAUGAUGUUACAAACACUUCUUUGCCUAUCAGUGUUGGUAAUGCUACACCAUAUGAAGACGCAUUCUGCAUUAAUGGUAACAUUACCGAUCCCACAACCCCCCCUCCAACGAUACCACCACACACCACUGAGGUUGUUGUAGAGAUUCUACAGUCAAGUUACGAUACGUUUACAAAAUGGUGGAGCAUGACAGACACUGUGCCAUUUUAUCUCAUCCUGGUCUUGGGACCACUCAUCAACUUCAGAUCACCAACAUUUUUUGCCAAAUUUAACUCAUUAGGGACACUCUCAGUUCUUUACCUUUUGAUAUUUGUUGUGGUUAAGUCUGUUAGAUGGGGAAUUCAUUUGGAUUUUGAUGCAACAGACCUUAUCAACAAUGUUCCCAUGUAUAGACCAUCAUUUGCUGCCCUAACAGGGACCCUCUCAUUAGCCCUGUUCAUCCACAACUGUAUACUCAGUAUGGUGAGGAACCAGAAACACCCAGAGAAUAACGGCCGUGAUUUGAGUAUAGCGUACUUGCUUGUCACAGUCACCUACGCGUUUGUGGGCAUUAUGUUUUACGCAGCAUUUCCGUUUGCCAAGAGCUGCAUUGAAGAUAACCUUCUGAACAAUCUCCGGAGCAAUGACAUCAUGUCAUUUGUAGCACGGCUGUUCCUGUUUUUCCAAAUGACGACAGUCUACCCACUGCUCAUCUAUCUAUUCAGAUUCCAGUUCUUUUACUUCUUCUUUGGGACAUCGAAUCCAAAGAUUAUUGGUAUUCUGAUACUGAACUUGGUGCUGGUUGCUCUUUGUGUCAUCUUUGCAAAAUUCCUACCCCACAUUGGUGCAAUCAUAAGGUUUUCUGGAGCAUUUUGUGGUCUUGCAUACAUCUUUGCUCUGCCGUGCAUAGUCUACAUACUUAGUGAAAGACAAAAAGGGAGUCUGACAUGGUUCAAACUAAUUGUCCACAUUGCAAUUAUCGUACUCGGAGUGGCAAAUGUUGCAGGACAGUUUAUAAUCAUGUAAAGCCAAAACUGAUUGAUGUGAGUGAACAUAGUGAGAGAGAGCAACAUUUUGUGAUAAUACAAUGUACUUCUAUAAUACACUGUAGUAUUGUGUUCUCCACAGGACUAUUUUCUUCUUGGACAUGUGGAUCUCAGAACAACCAGGAUAACACAAGGAUAUUGUAUUCCCAAGCAGGAUUAGUACAAGCCCACUUUGAAAGUAAAUUUUAUUUGUAUUUCGUGGAAAAUCUAAUUGGCAGGCCUGUGAUAAUAUACAAUUUAUGUACAGGAGUGCUAUCAUACUCACAGUAGAGAACAUUAUAUUUAUUGCAUGCGUCGAUUCGGCUAAUUGUUGAUAAGUCUCUUGCCCAUUGUAACAAGAAGGAGUAAUCUUGGCCAUUUGGAGGAGUGACUGUAAGAUUGAUAUUUCUGUACAAAAGUCAAAGAUUGUAAAAUAAAAGAUACCUGUUGUAUAUUUGUUGA